AUGGACGAAGGAUUGAAGCAACAGUUCCCUCGAAAGUUGAUAGACAACAAGUGGAGAAGGAGAAACGAGAGACAAUGGAAGCAAACGCAAUGCAUUCUACGUAAAUUUGCAAGGGUAUGCACUCCGGUCCCCAAGCUUAGCCAGGUUGCCGAUGCCUUGGUCUCCGAUAUGCAAGCCUCUCUUGCUUCAAACCACACCACCAACCUUAACAUGCUCGUUUCAUACAUUGCUUCACUUCCCACUGGAGAUGAGGAAGGUUUAUACUAUGGGGUGAAUUUGCGAGGGGCAAAUUUUUUGAUUUUGUGCGCACGACUUGGAGGGAAGAAUAAACCUUUAUCUGAUUUACGUAGAGAGGAGAUUUCAUUCCCGUCCAAUGUGAUGCUUGGUACUACUCAGGAAUUGUUUGACUUCAUUGCUUUGGAGCUCGCAAAAUUUGUUUCAGCACAGCCUAAGAAUGAUAAUGAUGUUCCAACUAACCAGAAGAAAUUGGGUUUCACUUUGUCAUAUCCAGUGGACCAAGGUGCAGCCUCCCCUGGCACCGCUAUGAAAUGGAAGAGUUUCUCAGCUGUUGGAAAAGAGUUGGUGAAUGACAUCAAUGAUCUCUUAGAAACAUGUUGUGAACUUCGUGUUUAUGCAUUUGUUAAUGAUACAAUUGGAAACUUGGCUGGAGAUAGAUACUCUAAUAGAGAAACUGUGGCUUCGGUUACUCUAGGAAUGACCACAAAUGCUGCUUAUGUAGAACCAGCACAUGCAGUUCCCAGAUGGCAUGGCUUGUCACCUAAUUCAGAGGAGAUGAUAAGCAGCCAUGAAAUUUUGCAGGUUAUAAGCACAGAAUGGGGAAACUUCAAUUCCAUUCAUUUUCCUUUAACUGAGUUUGAUUCUAGGUUAUAUGCUGAAAGCCCCAAUCCUGGAAGCCAGAUCUUCGAAAAGCUGAUUGCAGGAACAUAUUUGGGGGAGAUUGUGAGAAGAGUCCUACUGAAGAUGGCCCAGGAAACAGCACUAUUUGGAGAUUCUGUGCCUUCCAAACUAAAUACUCUAUAUAUUUUAAGCCUUGUCUCUUUCCCUCCUAAUGUCAUGGUUGCCACUUAUGGCACUCCCAAUGUCACAGUUGCCACUGAUGGCAGUGGUAACUUUGGUACAAUCAGUGAAGCCAUCUCACAGAUACCAGUUAAUAGAAAUGCUCCAUACGUGGUUUUAAUAAAAGCAGGAACAUACAAUGAAGCCAUUUCUAUAGGACAAAAUAAGUCAAAUUUAGUCCUCAUUGGAGAAGGAAUGGACAAAACAAUUAUUCAAUUCAACAAAAGCGCUAAAACAGCUGGCUCAACUUCAGAUUCGGCUACAGUGGAUAUUAGUGCCAACGAUGUGUUGGUCAAAGGCAUCAGAUUUGUGAAUUAUGUUGGACCCGAUGGUGGCCAAGCUGUUGCACUUAGAUUAGCCGGUGACAGAAUUGCACUUUAUCAAUGUUCUAUACAAGGAUACCAAGAUACAUUGUUGACUGCAUAUGGCAUUCACUUCUUCCGCGAAUGUGAUAUCUAUGGCACAGUAGAUUUCAUAUUUGGAUUCGCACAUGUUGUCUUCCAAAACUGUAACAUUUAUCUGAGAAAACGCUCAAACUCAGGCAACUUACUUGUGAUUACAGCCCAAGGUCGUGGAAAGGUCAAUGACACAAAUGGAAUAGUGCUACACAAUUGCACUGUUAAGGCUGACAAAGAUCUUGAACCCUACCUAAACCAAACCAAAGCAUUCUUAGGGAGGCCAUGGUAUAACUGUUCUCAAACCAUUGUAAUGGAAAGUUUUCUUGAUAAGUUGAUAGACCCUAAAGGGUGGCUUGAGAGUGGUGAUAAGAAAGCAUUGUCCACACUAAAUUACAUAGAAUAUGCCAACCGAGGCCCAGGGGCUAAUACUAAAGGAAGGGUUCAAUGGCCUGGGUAUCAUAUUGCCAAAAACUCCGAAGAAGUGAAACCCUAUACUGUUGAAAACUUUAUCAAUGGAACCAUUUGGCUACCAAGUUCGGGAAUUCCUUUUGUUCCUGGAACAACAGUAACUGUAGAAGGUGAGCUUUAUGAGCACUAUCGGUUUAGAAACUAUCUUAACAGCAGUGUUUAAAUGCUUGGAAAUGAUCUGUCAAACAAUGUGAAUAUUGAACAUUCUCAUGGUGGAUCUGGAACUGGUGCUCUGUUUCUUGAAUCUUCCCAAAUUCAUUCCUGA